CGCCAGUCCCAUUGCGAUUUGCCACAUCGAGUCUCGCGAUGCUGAACAUGUUGACUUCUGCGGGCUGUUUUUUCGAUUUCCCACUCCCUAAACGUCCAGACACAACGACGCUUCUUGUUGAGGACUCGCCGGCCCUUUCCGCUGUCUGUGGAUGUUUUGAGUGCACUCUCCGUGCAGGCGUCAAGCAUGCGUUCUACGCCGUUUCACUUUCGAAUUUGAACGGUUUGUUUAGCGAACCUCCUCAGAGCCCGAGAGAAAACGUUUUGCUCAACGCUUUGCGUCCGAUCUUCCGAACCCCUCGCCCUCCGGUGUAGUACAUCUGGGCACAGCGUCUCGUCGCAGCGGCUGUUCUUGGAGGCAGCGCACGAGGGUCAUUCUUCUAUUUGGCCGUUUGGCGGCUCUUUCCGGGAAGAAAUCGUGGCGGACGCGAAGAAUCGAAGCGAAGGGAAGUUCGUCCGCACGCGAAUGAGUACGUUCACCGUCUGUUCCUCAGAACGGAGUCUCCGUAGUGCGUCGUCCAGCGAACUGGAGCAAUUUUUUUUCGCCCCGCGAAAAGACUGACUUCCUGCGGACCGCAGCUGCUGACAACGGCGCCGCCCCCGCGCAGCGCCUGUCCCACGGUUUUUUACUGGGAAAUCGACUGGCGAAGAUAGACACUUUUCCGACAGUUAUCCUCCGCGGACAAGUGAAGGACACAGACGGCAACGCAGAUUCCAGCAGCUCGGAUUCCGAGGCGAGCAGAGCGCGAGAAGGCACUUCGCCUUCUUCGAUCGAGAAAACAAGGAAAUUCGAGACAGGGGAAAAACGAAAUGCCGGUCCAGUGGUCACCCGCCCGCGACGCAGACGGAAGUUUGCAGAUUCUCCAGGGUCCUCACGGCGACGAGGAGGUGAUCGCAUGCCGCGAAGACGACGCCAAGCUUAUUCUCCAGGGUGAAAAUCAUGGUGUGGGGACUUUCUACAUCACUUCGCGACGUAUUGCGUGGCUCGCCAAGCCAGGCGCCGCCUCUGGAGACGAGCAGCGCAGGGACAUCUCGGUCGACUAUCCUUCAAUUGUGCUCCACGCUUUGUCGCGAGAUCCAAACAGCGGACACGAGCCGUGUAUCUACUGCCAGCUGAAGAGCGAUGCGGCGGCAGAGGACGACGAGGACUACGUCAUCCCAGAAAUGCGGAUCGUUCCUACGUCCUCAGAAAGACUGGACUCGCUGUUCAAAAUCAUGUCCGAAAUGGCUGCACUGAAUCCGGACCCCGACGCAGACGAUGGAGACGACGAUGAGGACGACUUCAUCAUCGAGGCUGACGGGCUGGGAGAAGGAACGUCCCUGCCGGGAGGCUGGGAAAUCGUCGAGGACGGUCAGACUGGAAACGGCGCGGGUGAGGACGGAAACGCCGGCGAACCGGAGGAUGCGCGGAUGAUGCCGAACGGACACUAGGCAGCGUUGAACAACGCAUGUAGACGCAGGCUGAACACUUGACUAGAAACACCGUUCUGUCUCGAUGGAACCCCCUUUCUGUGACACGCCGUAUCUUGAACACGAGCGCGGCUUCCACUCAGUGCACACUCCCCGGCUAAAUGCCAUGAAACAGCUUGAAGAAACUUUCGCAUGUGUUCAUGGAGCCACGCGAGUCGGCGUGAUCGAACUUGUGGAUCCUGGAGUAUGGGUGGACCUGAUUUUCGCGAGACACUCUGUGCCUCUUUUCGAAACUAGAGUGCGCGCAAGUGGGUCCUCGAAAGUGCACCAGGACCCCUCGAAACAGUUUGGGGCCGGGACCGAAAGGACUGGCAGCGAAAAAGUACCUACCAUUGUGAAUAACUGCUUAACAGCGGGUGGAUUGCACAAAUGCCGCAGCAAGCGGGUGCCACAGCACCGGCGCCGCGGAGGUUUCACAGCACCUAAGGUACGGGACAGCUACGGGCUUCCAGGCUGCUUAGGUCCGCUGAAGAUUUGUGUCGCUUCUCAAAAUCAGCGACGCAAGGACACAGCUUCGUGAGAGAGUAACCGAUCCCUAAAGUCCUUCAAACAUGGAGUCAGCGGGGCCUCUCGUUGGACUGUCACGUGAUGACACAGCAUGUGAACGCACUAUCGUGAAUCUUGGCUCUGCAAUACGUAUCGAAUGCCCCUUCGGCUACAGACGUUCGCACCUCUGCCAAGCUCCUCAAUCACCAGGUAUCGGAGAAAAGUGAGGCACAGUGCCCGUAGACAGGCGAAACAGUCGGAAGAGGGGACCAAGGUAGAGCUACGCGCGAAAGAGGGCGACGAGUGGCGCUGCAAAUGCGGGGGACUGAGGCAGAAGUGUUGAAAAGAGAACGAAUCAGACGGUCAAACUAAGGACAGGUAGAGACGACUUGAUGGCAUUCAGUACCGAGACCCCCGAAACGCCGACGAGGAGUCGAUGCCCUCGGCGACAUGUUGCCAGCACUCAGCAGGUGGCUACCGAAUGAAAGUUUAUCGACGUGCACAGCCAAGAUGCGCCUUCACACCACGGGGUCAAAGGAUACAUAAAACACGUUUCCUCCUAGGUGAAGACAGACGGAUUGUGCAGUUUCGAGUGUGUUCGACUCCCGGUCUCUUGAGCCUAACGGUGACGCAGAUAACGUCGCCUCGCGCCGGCGCUCUUGAGUGCAGCCGUUUCACGAGCAUAACGUGUCUCGAGUUUUGGCGGGAAGUUCAUCUCGCGUCCCGACUGCGGUGCCUUCACUCAUUUGUCGGUUUCGAAUAGCAGUUCGUAACAUCCACAUUUGUAGUUCAGAUUCCCACAAGGUGACAGACCUUGGCCGCCCGCCCAUGCCUUGGCUCAUAGGUAACGCGCCGACUGUCAGGUUCCACCUUGCUGUAG